GAAACGGUAUGCGCCUUGCCAUGAUGGAUGCUCAACAACCGUUACCAAACUUUGCCCUAUGUCCGCAGUUGACUUCCACCUCUGCAUCUCUUCAGCAUGGAGGUGCCGCUCGUCACGACGUUGCCGCCCCCAUCUACGCUUCCAGCAAACAGGCAGGCCAAUCAGCAGCUCAUCUUCGACUUCACCAAAAGGAAGAAAUGGGCAGAUUUGCUCGUGACAGAGCUAACAGAGGUCGUUAUGCUAGUCCUCUCGGACGACGGUACAGUGCUGUACAGUGGCCCGGCGGUUCAGAGCUUGCUAGGGUGGGCCGAUGAGGAGCUAAUAGACAUGAAUUUUUGCGACAUCAUGAACGAUGAAGACGUAAGCGUGUUUAAGCGACAGUUUGCGGAGUCCAUCCGGGCUGGAACAGACCUUCUGUCGUAUGCUCGCUUGCGAUGCAAGUCAGAGCAAGAUUUCUACGGGCCUAGCAUGCCUGUCAUCCCUGCCAUUCCUCCGCAGCCAUCUGCAGACGGUAACAUCCCGCAACUUCAGUCCACAAGGCCACCCGCGAAAGAGGUUUUCUUCGAGAUCAAGGGUUAUCCGCACUUUGGUGCCGACUCAGCCCCGAACUUGUUCAAUGCGUCGGACGUGCAUGCUAUGGCAAAUAUGGAACCUCAAGCUGGCCCCUCGAACAAGGUUUCACCAAGCGCGAGCAACGUCUUUAAGUGCUUCUUCGCCAUGGCCAAACCGUAUCCCAGUCGCAAUACUGCCAUGCUGAACACUUUCCUGGAACUGAAGAUGGAGAACGAACGGCUGCAACAGCGGUUGCGCGAUGCGAAGGCCAAAGCUGAAGCCUUGGACCGUGCCCAGGCGCAAAGGCGGGUUUGGUCCUCUCACCCAUUCCCACAACAGAUGCCGUAUGCUAGUCAAACCGAAACACACAGUUCCGGUGCUCCUUCUUUCCAGUCGUUUGCGUGGACUCAAAACUCUGCUGUCUCCGGUCCGAGUCGUAGCUUCGACUCUAGGCAAUUCUAUCCGAGGCUCACUGAUUCAACCGUCAUCGGCGGCUCUUCUACGCAUACCACAGGAUCGUUGAACUCCGCGAAUACUGAGCGCGCCGAGUUAGCUGACCCAUCUGCGGACCACACGCUUCCCCGAAAGAAGAGCAAGAAGUCUCUCACACAAGAGCAGUAUUGCUGCAUGACCUGUGGCAGGACCGACUCGCCUGAAUGGCGCAAGGGUCCUCAGGGUCCAAAGACCCUCUGCAACGCUUGUGGCUUGCGGUGGGCGAAGUCGGUCCGCACAAACCCUUCCCUGGCUACGGAGGGUGAUCCGCCUACCGAAGCCUAGAUCCUCCAGCUCGGACCCUUGCUCGUGAGAUUUAGCUUAGACGGCAAGAGCCGCUAUCACCACCCUCGAAGUCUGACGGGUUGUCCGCAAUCCGUAUCCCGAAGUUGUAUUUGCUUUCAUGCGCUGUCGCUUCCUUCGAUACUUCUUUGGCCAUAUGCCCUGCUUUGUUCGCGUUCCACUCGCUAUGCCUCGUAUAUUCGGUUAUGUUUAGCACCCGCUGUCAAGUCUAUCCAUAUGCAUUAGCCCUGUUACUAUCAGCGAAGAUAACAGGCUGUCAAGGAGAAUAUUAAUGUACGGAGAGCUGACCUCGCAAGGCAGACGAACAGGGUAGGGGUUCGAGUGCGACACAUGGAAAUCCACAAGCUGGUGAUCGAUGAGACUCUUGGUACAGAAAGAUAAACAACGGAGAGCGGGUAUGGAGCGACGUGUUCAUAAAGAGGUGACGAAAACGAAGGUGAAUAGGUGAACACAUAAUACAUGUAGAGCAUAGGAUGUACAACAUGUGAUGUACAACAUAGGAUAUCAAACAACACGUAGGAUAUACAAUAGGGAAUAAAUAUCGGCAAGCGAAGACGAGUGUUGUAUAGUACGACGAUCGUCUAGGCGUUCAUGAAUGUGGUGGGGUCCAGCUCUGAGGAAGAGAAGAGGUUGAAGGUGUACGAGAAGCCCUCCGUUGUGCGCGCAGCGGCGUCAAGGUCCAUCGGUGUCGCGAGGCUGAGGCUGGCACUUAUAGCCGAGAGGCUUUGCGGCGCAGCGUUCCCCACACGGGCCUUCACUGUGUUCGCGCGCGACGCGGGUUCGUCGAAACACCCGCCGUCAAGGGCGGGCUGAUCGGGCGCAAAGUUAAAGACGUCCUCGAGUUUGAAUGCGUCUGCGGGCGCGGGCGGCUGCGAGGCCAUGUCCCAGGCGAGCGCCGAGCCUGCGCUGGGCGUCCUCGCGCAGGGCAGGAAGCAGUGCGUGCCCGGUGUGCCUUGUGCUGGCGAUGUUUCGGGCAUAGCAUAUUCCGAGCCGGCGAGGCUCGCGUGGCUCAGCACGGAGAUGAGGGCAUCCGCUGCUCCGGAGGAAGGCCCGGCGAGGCGAGAGGUCUGAGAGAACGCUCUGCGUCGCGGCCGCUCGACGAGCGCGUUCUGCAGCGAAGAGGACGAGGCAGAUGAAGAGAGCAUGCGAGAGAACGCUGAUGAUUGGUUGAAGUUGGACUCUGAGGCAACAGCAGUCCAAGCUGCAGGAGUAGACGAUGCGUCAGAA